AUGUUACAUGGCCGUAACUGGGUCUUUCAGCAAGACAAUGACCCAAAACACACCUCACGAGAUGUUCGGCGUGACUUGGAAGAACGUCUUCCAAGACGGGUUCUUUCUUGGCCUUCAUACAGCCCGGACCUGAAUCCUAUUGAGAAUGUAUGGGCCAUUUUAAAGAGAAAAGAAUGGGACGAUCUUGACAAUAAUGUGUUACUUCGGUGCAUUGAAAGCAUGCCAAACCGAAUUCAAGCAUGCAUCGAUGCACAAGGAGGCCAUACAAAAUAUUAA